UCUGUUGUUUGCUUGGGUUUUCUUUGCUUUCGUUCUGAAAUUUAAUGUUUGUCCAGCGUCGUCGUUUAGCUGGAAACUCUGCGUUCUGUUCGCUCGGUGAAAGGCCUUCUUUACGCUGCCAUCAAGAAUGGAGGAGGUGCCGAUCGAACGGCAACGUUCGCUUCUGAGGCAAACAGUUUCACAGGAUCCGCUCGCGGCCGAUCUGCGCCUAUCGCUGUUCGUUUCGGCAGCUCGAUCCUUUCGUUACGAUUCCUGCCUGCAACCGUUUCCGCCGGAUUUCAUCGUGAACGGCGAAAAAAACAUUGAUCACCUGUACAGUGUGCUCGAGACGAUUCCAGCGGUAGCGGAACUGACUGCUAGUGCUCUCGAAACGCUCGACGAAAAGGCGACGCGAUUGCUCCAUUGGAUCCUGUGCCGUCAGCCACAUCCCUUGCUGCGGAUUGUACCCAAAUCGCAGCACGAAGAGGUUCUUGCCAAGUGCCCUUGCCAUGCCAAAUACCAAUCGCCCAGCCAGAUAUUCGAAGUAACACAUCGUCCCCAUCAGUCGGCGGAGCGAUCGUUUCGCGAGAAUGCGGUCCACUUUCGCACGCGCCACGCGUACCACGGCAGCCGGCUGUUCAACUUCCACUCCAUUCUGCAGUACGGCCUUCAGCAACACCUGAACAAGGUGUCCAUGUUUGGCGAGGGCAUCUACUUGUCGGCCGAGUUGCAUGUGAGCCAAAUGUUUGCCACCAACGGAUCUGGCUGGAACCGGUCUGCACUCGGGACGCACCUAUCCUGUGUGGCGCUCUGCGAGUACGUGGACAAUCCCAACUACGUGGUUAGCCAGGAGGAGACUUCGGCCAUUGAUGAGAGCGCCAUACCGUUGCCGGCAUCGGCCGGCGUUUCGGCUACCCUGACCGGUAACGGUAGCUUACCAGAGCGAUACAUCCUGAUCAAAAACAAUGAAAUGGUUCAGGUUCGCUAUCUGCUCCUGUACGGGACCAGCAAAGAAGCAAAGACUGACCCCAACGGAGGGCAACGCGCUGCAAUACCCGGUCCGGUGCUUUUCCCCCUUCAACCGGCAUUCUUGCAACGCCCACCGAGCCGUUUUGUGCAGUGGAUCGCCGACAACAAGGGAAUCGUGCUGAUCGGUGGAUACGUGGGUUUGCUGCUAAUCGUCGGGUUCAUCAACAGCCGAAACGCGCACUACGUGAAGGAGAUGUUCCUGCAGAAACUCAACCACGUCUACAACGCUGUGCUGAGCUUUCGUCCCGACGGCGAGUAGGUUAGGCUUUUGUUUGGUACCAUCUUUGUCUGUGUUAGAGUUUAUGUUUAGACUAAGUAUACGGGGGAAUUGAACAAUGUAAUUAUCAUAUAUGCAAGGGGGCCAGUGAUUAAUGUU